AUGAAUCAUGACGAGACAAUCACUGAAAGCCCGCCGCCAUCCAAUGCGGAUGCGGCAACAAAUCAAUAUCGCAAAAGCAUUGUCAACCAAGGCCUCACGGGUGCUUCGGCCCUCACAGUCAGACAGUCCAUCUUUCCCAUCACCUUGGUCACCAUACUAUUCUUCCUUUGGGGCUUCGCGUAUGGCUUGCUUGACGUGCUCAAUGCCAAGUUCCAGACAUCUCUGCACAUCACUGCGGCCAAAGCUGGCGGGCUUCAGGGGUCAUAUUUCGGAGCGUAUUUCAUCGGGCCGUUGACAUAUUCGGGCUGGAUCGUGCGCAAGUACGGAUAUCGAGUCACCUUCAUGUCAGGGCUCUGCAUCUAUGGCGUCGGAGCCUUGAUGUUCUGGCCCUCUGCCGUCUACAAGUCGUUUGCCGGCUUCUGUGGCAGCCUGUUCAUCGUUGGAUCGGGCUUGUCGACGCUCGAGACGUCUGCCAAUCCGUUCAUCGCCACUUGUGGGCCACCCAGGUUGUCGGAGUUUCGCCUGGAGUUCUCCCAGUCGUUCCAGGCUAUUGGGUCUGUUGUUGCACCCCUUCUAGCAUCCCGCGUAUUCUUCAAGAAUACCCAGUCGACCGACCUGUCCCAUGUUCAGUGGACCUACGUGGGGAUUGCGGCCUUCGUCUUCCUCCUGGCCGUGGUGUUCUUCUUCAGCCCGAUCCCAGAGGUUACCGACGCCGACAUGGCUCUUCAAGCGGAACAGUGCGCCGAUCUGACCGGGUACGAGGAGAAGCCACUGCGACAACAGUACAAGCUCUUCUUUGGCGUUGCGGCCCAGUUCACCUAUGUCGGGGCCCAGGUUGCCGUCGCGUCCCAGUUCAUCCGCUACGCCCAGGAAUCAGCCGGCCUUUCGGCAGACGUUGCCUCAGAUCGAUAUGCGAUCGGCCAGUCCCUGUUCGCCAUUGGCCGAUUCAUCGCAGCAGGCUUGUUUAUGUUUGUGAAGCCGCGGAUUGUGCUGAUGGUCUUCAUGACCGCCAUCAUGAUCUUUAUUGCCUGCGCCAUGGGCAUCUAUGGCGAAGCGGGCGUGGCGAUGCUGUCGUUGGUAUUGGCCUUCGAAUCGUGUAUCUUUCCCACGAUAUUCACGUUAUCGAUCCGCGGGUUGGGCCGGCACACCAAGCGAGGAUCGUCGUGGAUCGUUGCCAGCGUUUGCGGCGGUGCCUUGUUCCCGGCGCUGACUGGCCUUGCGGCCGACCACAUGACGUACCACAAGGCCAUGUGUGUUCCGCUGGCCGGGUUUUUCGUCAGCUUCGCCUACCCGAUCUACUUGAACACGCUGUGCAGGAAAGAACUGGAUGGGUUCCGCGAGACGAAGAUUGGAUACGUCGACGAGAGACGCGGCACAAUAAUUGGAGAUAUCCACGACAUUGAGACUUUCGAGGCAAUGCAAAAGAAAAGUGUGGUCAAUUUUGAACAGGUGUGA